AUGGACCAGAACUCCUCUGGUCUCCAGAGCAAGGAGACAGCAGCUCCCCACAGCUUACAAAAUGAAACUCAAGACUCUAUGAAAGUGACUUCGAGCCUCCCAGAUGCCACCCAAGGUCACCAAGUCGACAUUCAAGCACCUGUGCCCAUUAUCCACACUCGGGGACGCAGCAUCCAAGAACCGUCAGUAUUCACACCUAUGAUCCGAAGGGUCAGCAUCCAAGAACCACCAGCGUCUAUGUUUCUUCCUCACAAGUUCAGCACCCAGAUUUCUUCCUCACCCAUCAUUCUCCCAAGAAGGAUCAGUACUCCUGAGAGCUUUUCUCAAAGUAUCCAGUCCAAUACACAAGACAUACAAUCUGUUGCCUACAAUCGCUGGCUCAGCUCCAGAGCGUCCACUUCCUUUUACUGUCCUCGCAGACUCGACGUCCUAAGCUCUCAUACACUGUGCAGUGUCCAGUCAGUAAUCCAGAACUUCCAAACCGACACUGAGAGCCAUCCUUCUCUGAUCCAUUCACAAAAUCUCAACAGAAAACGAACCCGACCCAGUGUGGAUGUCCCCACGUCCCUAACCUACAGCCCAGAGGCCAGCAUCAGAAGCUUUGAGUCCUUUAUCUGGGAGUCUACGGAGAGUCUGAAGGAGCUUUCACAUGACUCUCUGUCCAAUCCGAGUAGUCUAAGCAGCAGACACAAGCUGCCAAGCACUUCUACUGAAAUAACCCUUAGCAGCCUUCAGCGCAGACGCUGGUCACUGUUUCCCAUGGGCUGGAGGCUGUUGCUCGAAGCCAAGAAGAUCAGCAGGUACCUUAGCCUGGUGCUGACUGUGGCCGGCAUGGUGAUGCUCACCUCCAUUGCCUUGUGGCAGCCCUGGAUCCACUUCCAAGUGCCUCUAGUGGCCCCAGGGGACCCCACUGGCCCCAAGACCAUCCCCAUUGAUACCAUCUUUUUCAUGCGCUGCCCUGACAUCUCCUGCAUGAAUGAAUACGAUAAGAAUGCUUACUUGCUGGACCUGGCUUGGGCCUGCCUCCUUGUCUCCGGCAUCACGAGCUUCUGUGUGUGCAUGGGUCUCAUCAGCACUAUAUUCUUCCCCGGCACCAACCUGCCCUUGAUGGACUUCUCUCUCUUCAUCUGCAGCCUCACGACAGGGACCAGCAUCAUUCUAGGGGUCCUGUUCUACCUGAUGCAAGCACGAAAGUUCCUACAGGAAGGCAUGACCUACACGCUGGGGAGCAGUUUCUACUUGGCCUGGAUCAAUGUCUUCUUAUUCUCCAUGACUGGUCUCUUCUCCUACCUGAACUACAUGAACUUCUGGUCCAUCCUGAGACUCCAAGCCAUGUGGUCUUAG